ACAGUACAUACACUAUAUUGCCAAAAGUAUUGGGACACCCCUCCAAAUAAUUGGAUUCAGGUGUUCCAAUCACCUCCUUGGCCACAGGUGUAUAAAAUCAAGCACUUAGGCAUGCAGACUGCUUCUACUAACAUUUGUAAAAGUAUGGGUCACUCUCAUGAGCUCAGUGAAUUCAAGUGUGGUACUGUGAUAAGUUGCCAUUUGUGCAAUAAGUCCAUCUGUGAAAUUUCCUUGCAACUAAUAUUUCACGGUCAACUGUUAGUGGUAUUAUAACAAACUGGAAGCAACUGGGAACAGCAACUCAGCCACGAAGUGGUAGGCCAUGUAAAAUGACAGAGCGGGGUCAGUGCAUGCUGAAGCGCCAGGUGGGCAGAAGUUGCCAACUGUCUGCAAAGUCAAUAGCUAAAGACCUCUAAACAUCGUGUGGCCUUCAGAUUAAUACAACAAAAGUGCAUAGAGAGCUUCAUGGAAUGGGUUUCCAUGGUCGAGCAGCUGCAUCCAAGCCUUACAUCAACAAGUGCAAUGCAAAACAUCAGAUGCAGUGGUGUAAAGCAUGCCAAAAUUGGACUCUAG